AUGGCAAACGUGGAUUCUGGGGGAGCGGUCGAAACGAAUUCGAUGGAGUCAUCCUCAGAGCAUAGUGGAUCGCUGCCUUCCUCUCGACACGAAAGGCAGAAAGUUAUUGGGCCAUUGGAAUGGGAAGGACCCAAUGAUCCAGCAAAUCCGUGGAACUGGCCUGCGUCGAAGCGGUGGUACGGAACUAUUGUGCCCGGGUCUUUGUGUUUUCUUGUAACAUUUGCGUCUUCGGUUUAUGUUCCGGGAGUCCGUGAAGUAGCAGCAAAAUUCGAUGUCUCUGUCACAGUAGCAUUGUUGGGGAUUUCGAUGUAUGUUGUCGGACUUGGAUUAGGACCAAUGUUUAGCGCUCCGUUAUCGGAGGUCUUUGGCAGGAAAAUGGUGUAUUUUGUCAACCUGCCAAUUUUUCUGCUUUUCACCAUGGGCGCUGGUCUGGCACAGAACAUCCAGACGUUGGUAAUUUGCAGGAUGUUUUCCGGUAUAUUCGGAGGGCCUGCGGUUGCUGUCUCGGCUGGCUCUUUUGUUGACGUCUGGGAUCUCAAAUCGUCCGGGUUGGCCGUCUCGGUACAAGCAAUUGCUAGUUUUAUGGGCCCCGCUCUAGGUCCCAUUAUCGGUGGAUACUUAGCAGAAUACGAAGGUUGGAGGUGGACCCUUUGGAUCAUAAUAAUCCUUGGAGGCGCAUUGAUGGUUCCAUUGUACUUUAUGGAAGAGUCCUACAAACCCGUCAUCCUUAAACGCCGAGCGCUUGCCCGUGGGGAGGAACUCCCGCCUAAACCGGACCCAAAGACAGCAUUGAAACUUAUCUUCACAAUCACACUUGCCAGGCCGAUAAUGAUGUUGUUGGAGGAACCGAUUGUUCAGGCUGUUGCACUUUACUCGUCAUUUGCCUUUGCAGUCCUUUUUGGAUUCUUUGAGGCAUAUCCUGUUGCGUUCCAGAAGGAAUACGGAUUUGCUCUCGGUGAGACGGGGUUGUGCUUUUUGGGGGUUGCUGGUGGCCUCAUCAUUGGGUGCAUAAUCUAUUUGAUCCAGGACAGGCUCGUCUACGUCCCUGCUCUGAAAAAGUAUGGUGGAUCACCUCCAGCGGAGAUUAGGUUAGUCUCAGCAAUGAUUGGAAGCUUUCUGAUGCCCAUUGGCUUGUUCUGGUUCGCGUGGACAGCGAGAAAAGAUGUACACUGGAUUUUUCCUGUGCUUGCUGGUGUCCCGUUCGGGAGUGGCCUUGUGCUCAUCUUCCUCACGGCUAUCAUGUACAUUUUGGAGGUUUACCCACCAUUAGUCGCGGCUUCUGCCAUUGCAGCUUUGGGUUUAUUGCGUUAUCUUAUGGCAAUGGCGUUCCCCCUCUUUACCGUUCAAAUGUAUGAUAGCCUCGGGAUUGCGUGGGGAACAUCGCUCUUUGGCUUCAUUGCACUGGCUAUGGCACCUAUCCCGUGGGCUUUCCAGCGCUGGGGUCCUCAGAUUAGGGCUAUGUCGAGAUAUAACGCCAUUGUGGAGUAA